AUUGGCUGCCCACUGCAAGAAGCAGUGACCAAAGAAGAGCUCCAAGGGGCCGCCAAAGCCUCUGGAAGCCGCAGCUUCCCGCGCUGGCAUCGCCCAGCUGGCGUUCCUAUUCGGCGCUUCUGCGCUCGAAGCUGUCGCGAGCCGCCCCAAGAAUGGCACGAUGGCUCUCGGUACCAGGGCCCGAGCCGUCCGCAGGGCUUCUGGCUCGUUUCUAGAUGUCCUAGUCUGCCAAGGAGGCUCUGCUUCAGGGGUCCCCGAGGUACCACUCUGAGGGGCCGCUGCGUUUCUUGGGACCGGCUGUGCGAGUAUUCAUAAGGUCAUCGAGACCCGUCUUUUGGAGUUGACCACACUCACUCUCCACUGACCUCCUCUGUCUCUCAUUCUGCCUAUAACCUCUCUAUUUGGCCAAUCAGCUUACACCAUGAGCCACGAAGGCCUCCAGGAGCCGGUGGCCUACGAGGCCACCAAGCACGAUGGCAACUCCAACACUGGAUCCGAUACCGAGUCUGGCCGCUUGAGGAUUGCAAGUGAAGCCAAGCGCAAGAUCGGUGUGCUCAGCGCGUCCAUGCUCAUCUUCAACCGCAUCAUCGGCACCGGCAUCUUCGCGACUCCCUCGUCCAUUCUCGCCCUCACUGGCAGCACGGGUCUUUCGCUCUUCAUGUGGGUCGCCGGCGCGCUCAUUGCCGGCGCGGGCACGGCUGUCUAUCUCGAGUUCGGCACCGGCAUCCCCAAGAACGGCGGCGAGAAGAACUACCUCGAGUACGUCUACCGCAAGCCCAAGUUCCUCGUCACCGGCUUGUACGCUGGCUACGUGAUUCUCCUAGGCUGGGCUUCUGGCAACUCGGUCGUCUUUGGUGAGUAUAUCCUCCACGCUGCCCAAGUCAAUGUCGACCGCUGGAAUCAGCGCGGCCUCGGUAUUGCCUGCAUCACCGUCGCCUUCAUCAUCCACGGCACAGCCCUUAAGUGGGGUAUCCGUCUUCAGAAUUUCCUGGGUAUUAUCAAGAUCACCAUCAUUGUCAUCAUCAUCCUCGGCGGAUUCAUUGCCCUUGGUGGCCACCUCAAGAUCGACGAGAAGCCCCACAACUUCACCAACGCUUUCGAAGGAACGACUGGUAGCGCAUACGGCGUCGUCACUGCUCUGUAUAAUGUCAUCUGGAGUUUCGUCGGCUACAGCAACGCAAACUAUGCCCUCAGCGAGACCAAGAACCCCACGCGCACUCUCAAGAUUGCCGCCCCCAUUGCCAUCAUCUCCGUCUCGAUUCUCUACAUGCUCGUCAACAUUGCCUAUUUUGCCGCCGUUCCCAAGGCGGAGAUCCUUGCUUCCAAGCGUCUCGUCGCUGCAUCUCUCUUCCGCAACGUCUUCGGUAACACCGCUGAGCGUGCUCUGUCUGUCUUUGUCGCCUUGUCCGCGUUCGGCAACGUUCUCAGUGUCAUCUUCUCUCAGGGUCGCCUUGUGCAGGAGCUUGGUCGCGAGGGUAUCCUUCCCUUCUCCCGCUUCUGGGCCAGCAAUCGACCUUUCAACGCCCCACUCGCUGGUCUGUUUGAGCACUGGCUCAUCUGUAUCAUUGUCAUCCUUGCCCCUCCUCCUGGAGAUGCUUACAACUUCAUUCUCAAUCUCAUCUCUUACCCCCUUGCUAUCGUCAACACCUUCGUCGCCGCUGGCCUCGUUCACCUGUACUUGAACCGCGCCGCCUGGAAAUGGAACCCCCCGAUCAGCGCCUCUCUGCCGGUCAUCGUUUUCUUCAUGCUCAGCAACAUUUACCUUGUUGUCGCUCCCUUUGUACCACCCGAGGAUGGCCAGAAUGUCUACGAGAGCCUGCCCUACUGGAUUCACUGUGUUGUUGGUUUCGCCGUCAUCGCCGCAGGCGGUCUGUACUGGUUGGCUUGGGCUGUCAUCUUACCGAAACUGGGCCACUACGAACUGGUUCGGGAGACCGUGGUGGAUGAUAUUGAUGGUUGGGAGUCGAAUGUGUUCUUCAAGAGGCCGCUGGGCUCGACCUAGGCUUUCUCUUCUUUCGUACAUGCUUUAGCAUGAAUAGUACUUUAAAAUCUUUGUUGGGUUUAAUACGAUAACUCUAUCAGCAUUUAUAUACCCCUUAUAUCCUUCAGCGUGAAUUAAUGAAAGUGGAAACUCUCUAUGAAAAUGCGAGAGACGCUG